AUGGUCAAGGCAAUUCUCUCCACCACAUCGCUGCUGCUGCUGGCAACCACCGUCGCUGGCGUAUGCGAGACUUACAGUUACACUACCUGCGCCGACCAUACCGUUCACUGGUUUGACCCGCGCAAUGGCGUAGUCUGCGAUCCCCUCGACUGUGGCGGCGGCAUGGCCCCUGUGAAGUACGACGUGCCCUGUUGCGCUGCCUACACGGGCACGAAGCCCUGCGUGUCUACCACCUCCACGCUCUCUUGCUGGAAGCCGUCCACGGCCUUCAGCUCCGCAACCGCAUCUGCGAGCUCUGUUGCGACGACGUCAGAUGCUGCUACUCCAGAACCUAGCACUGUGUCGUCGGGCCGUGCUACGGCCACUUCUUUGCGCCAGACUUCCGGCAAUGCCACUGCUCCUGCGACCACUGAUGCGCCCACUCCGUCCACGGGCUCGACAACAGAAAGUAGCACUGCAACCACUAGCGACUCCAGUGCGCCUGUUUCUACCAACAUUGCAGGUGAAGUUGUUGGCUCCUUCAUGGCUGCUGCUGGGGCAGCUCUGGGAGCCGUGGUUCUUGUCUAG